CUUUUGUUGUUAAUAAUUGUUAAUUCAAUUAUCUACCACUUUGAAUUCUUUAAAUUUUUAAAUUAUCUUCAAUAAAAAGGCAUUUACUCUGAAGCAUGACACUAGGAGAGAUACGAAUUGAGAAGAAGAUACAAACCGAGAAUAAAAAGCUAAGCGAACACACAAUGACAACAAACAAGAACAAUAAACCCGUAGAUAACGGGAUAUCCAUAGACAAAAUCAAUGGAAACACAAAAUUUGAAAAGCAGAUCGAUUCAACUAUAUCAUUUUUACGUGCUGCCCGCAGUGGAGAUAUAACAAAACUUCUUGAUUUUAUUGAAAGUGGUGAGAUAUCGGAUAUUAAUACUUGCAAUGCGAACGGACUUAACGCUCUACACCUAGCGGCAAAGGAUGGAUAUGUCGAAAUUUGUACUGAGUUGCUGAGGAGAGGCAUUCAAGUGGACAACGCCACAAAAAAGGGAAAUACAGCCUUACAUAUAGCGUCGCUGGCGGGUCAGCAAAAUGUUAUUAAGCAACUUAUUCAAUCGAAUGCAAAUGUAAACGUUCAAUCGUUAAAUGGAUUUACACCGCUGUAUAUGGCAGCUCAGGAGAAUCACGACAACUGUUGCCGAUUUCUUCUGGCAAAAGGAGCAAACCCGUCUCUUGCCACAGAAGACGGCUUUACACCAUUGGCCGUGGCAAUGCAGCAAGGUCACGACAAGGUGGUGGCAGUCCUCCUAGAAAGUGAUGUUCGUGGCAAAGUGCGUCUUCCGGCACUUCAUAUUGCAGCCAAAAAGAACGACGUAAGCGCAGCCACACUGUUGCUGCAGCAUGAUCAUAAUGCCGACAUUGUUUCUAAGUCUGGCUUUACGCCCCUGCACAUUGCCGCUCAUUAUGGAAACGAGGAAAUAGCCUCCUUGCUUCUGGACCACGGUGCUGAUGUAAACUAUAUUGCCAAACACAACAUAUCGCCGUUACACGUGGCCUGCAAGUGGGGAAAGUAUACAGUGUGCAGCCUUUUGUUAUCCCAUGGCGCUCGUAUAGAUGGACCGACUCGUGAUGGCCUGACACCGUUACACUGUGCCUCACGUUCAGGCCAUGUUGAGGUUAUUGAGCUCCUGCUUCGUCAUAAUGCUCCAAUAUUAUCAAAGACAAAAAAUGGAUUGUCGGCCUUGCAUAUGUCCGCACAAGGCGAGCACGAUGAAGCGGCGCGUCUUCUUCUGGAACAUAAGGCUCCAGUAGACGAGGUAACCGUUGAUUAUUUGACUGCGCUCCAUGUGGCUGCACACUGUGGCCAUGUGAGGGUGGCCAAACUUCUGCUUGACUACGGUGCAAAUGCAAACUCACGCGCCCUCAACGGUUUCACCCCCCUUCAUAUUGCCUGUAAGAAGAAUCGCAUCAAAGUUGCUGAAUUGCUUAUAAAGCAUGGGGCUACCAUUAGUGCUACCACGGAAUCUGGCCUUACACCAUUGCACGUGGCUAGUUUUAUGGGCUGCAUGAACAUUGUCAUAUACUUGUUACAGCAUGACGCUAACCCAGAUAUACCAACAAUACGCGGAGAGACACCAUUGCAUUUAGCAUCACGUGCCAAUCAAACGGAUAUAAUUCGAAUUUUGCUUCGCAACGGAGCGCAGGUGGAUGCUGUUGCUCGGGAAGGACAAACACCGCUUCACGUGGCAUCUAGAUUGGGCAAUAUUGAUAUAAUUAUGUUAAUGUUGCAGCAUGGAGCCAAUAUAAAUGCUGAAACUAAGGACAAAUACGCGGCGCUUCACAUUGCGGCGAAGGAAGGUCAGGAGGAAGUCUGCUUAUCGUUGCUCGAGAGCGGUGCUCGACUAGACGGAGUCACACAAAAGGGGUUCACUCCAUUGCAUCUAGCUAGCAAAUACGGAAAAGAAAAGGUAGUAGCGCUAUUGCUCGAAAAGGGUGCUUCUAUUGAUUGUCAGGGCAAGAACGAUGUGACGCCUUUGCACGUAGCGGCGCAUUAUAACCAUCAGCCGGUAGUGGCGGUACUUCUGGAAAAGGGUGCAUCGCCGCAAAUAUGCGCACGCAACGGACACAGUGCCGUGCAUAUUGUUGCAAAAAAGAACAACUUGGAAAUGGCCCAGCAACUUGUACAACAUGGUGCUGAUGUCAGGGCAAUUAGCAAGUCUGGCUUCUCUCCACUUCAUCUGGCCGCCCAAGAGGGACACUUGCCUAUGGUCGAAUUUUUGCUAGAAAAUGGUGCUACAAGUGCUGCAGCUAGGAACGGCUUAACUCCGUUACAUUUAGCUUCCCAAGAAGGCCACGUCCCUGUGGCGCGGACUCUACUGGAAAACGGUGCUAAAAUUUCAAAUCGCACCAAAAAUGGGUAUACGCCGCUACACAUUGCCGCCCACUAUGGACAAAUCAAUCUGGUAAAAUAUCUCCUUGAAAAUGAUGCUGAUAUUGAAAUGUCCACCAACAUUGGCUAUACACCACUACAUCAGGCUGCCCAGCAGGGUCAUAUAAUGAUCAUUAAUCUCUUGUUGCGCCACAAGGCUAAUCCAGAUGCUUUAACAAACAGCGGUAAAACAGCUCUAAAUAUCGCAAGCAACCUGGGCUACGUUACAGCAGUAGAAACACUAAAGGUGGUCACCCAAAUCUCCAUCACAAAUACAAGUACUGGAGUGGUGGAAGAAAAAUAUAAGGUUGUAUCACCGGAGCUUAUGCAUGAAACGCUACUCUCUGAUUCUGAAGACGAAGGUGGAGACGAGCUUUUAGAUCAUAAUCAAUACAAAUAUAUGGCUACCGAUGAUUUAAAAGCAAACUAUGGUCAUGACCACGACCAUCCAAACUUCGACACCACAAAUCCUGGAAAUGAUCAAGUGGAUGUAUCGGUUAGACACCCUCUCGAAAAAGAAAUGAUUGAUCAUGAAGAACAGGGGCUGAAUGCAUCUACGACAGGACGUCAAUGCGAUAAUGCUCUCAUUGUCCGGCCACCUGUUCACUUGGGAUUUCUCGUAUCGUUCUUAGUAGAUGCCCGUGGUGGAUCUAUGCGCGGGUACCGACACAGUGGAGUACGCAUAAUUGUUCCCCCAAAGGCAUGUUCUGAGCCCACGAGGAUUACUUGCCGCUAUGUCAAGCCCCAGAGAGUAGCAAACCCUCCUCCUUUAAUGGAGGGCGAGGCACUGGUAAGUCGUAUUCUCGAAAUGUCCCCGGUGGAAGGAAAGUUUUUGAGCCCAAUUACACUAGAAGUGCCCCAUUUCGGCUCGCUUAGAGAGAACGAGCGCGAAAUUAUUAUACUGCGUUCGGACAACGGCGAGAGCUGGCGAGAACAUAGCUUAUAUGAGAAUGAAGAACAAAAUUUAGACUCCUUGAACGACACCAUUGAUACAGACGUUAAUCCGCUGGAGGAAUUACACACAAGCCGAAUAGUUCGUAUCGUUACACAGAACGUUCCGCACUUUUUUGCUGUUGUAUCGCGUGUGCGUCAGGAGGUGCAUGCUAUCGGACCCGAUGGCGGAACGGUUUUUUCGAUGGCUGUACCACAGGUUCAAGCCAUUUUUCCUCCUCAUGCCUUGACUAAGAAAAUUCGAGUCGGUCUUCAGGCACAACCAGUAGACCUGGUUGGUUGUUCCAAGCUGCUCGGGCAGGGCGUUGCUGUAUCACCGGUGGUAACAGUGGAACCUCGUCGGCGCAAAUUUCAUAAGGCGAUAACUUUGAGCAUACCUGCACCAAAGGCAUGCACCAAGGGCAUGGUGAAUGCGUCCUAUGGUAAUGGUAAUGCAAAUCCACCCACUCUAAGACUUCUGUGUUCUAUUACUGGUGGUCAGACACGAGCCGCAUGGGAAGACGUUACCGGAUCAACUCCGCUAGCCUUUGUCAAAGAUAGUGUUACAUUUACCACAACAGUUUCUGCACGCUUCUGGCUAAUGGAUUGCCGUAAUAUUGCAGACGCUGGGCGCAUGGCUACCGAGCUCUACACUUAUAUGGCUCAAGUGCCAUUUGUUGUCAAGUUUGUGAUCUUUGCAAAACGCAUUACCUAUACGGAAGCAAAGUUUUCGGUCUUCUGCAUGACUGAUGAUAAGGAGGACAAGACGCUAGAGCAGCAGGAAUACUUUAUUGAGGUUGCAAAAAGUAGGGAUAUUGAGGUGCUCCAGGACCAGACUAUUUACAUAGAAUUCUCCGGCAAUCUUGUGCCAGUUUUGAAGUCAGGAGAGCAAUUGAAUACCAAGUUCCAAGCUUUUCGGGAAAAUCGUCUUUCAUUUAUUGUUCAUAUCAAGGACCCAGAGUUGCCACACAGUCGCAUUUGUUUUAUGAGCGAACCUAAGGUGGGACCCGGAGAAGCUCCACAGAACCCAAUCUGCGCUUUGAAUGUGUCUGUGCAUGAUGAAAAACUAUCGGCACAUAACGAGAAUGGAAUAGUGGACGGCAUUGUCAAUGGAAAUAUAUUCUACAAGGAAAUUAACCGAAACGAUUUAAUAUUUACCGAAAUGAAGGCAUGCACAGCAGAAACGAUGGAAAUUGAUAAUCCGAAUAAGAAUGGUAUAACUGAACAACCAAAAAACCAAAAACUGAAAGCUGACUCCACUGAAGGAUUCCAUCAUGCUGAAAAAAGGUUGUUGGAUAUUUCCAUCCUUAUAGGCAGUGACUGGCCACAACUUUUGAAGGAAUUGGGUGUACCCGAGACCGACAUCGACCUUUUCAAUGCUGAGAACCUUGGAGACCUUACAUCCGAGCAGCGCAUGUUGAUGUUACAGCUUCGGCGGGAAGAAGAGCAACAAGGCCUAUCCGCAGCAGAAGUGUUAACCCAAGCUCUUAACAGAAUUGGUCGUGUCGACAUUAUAGAUAAGUGCAUUUCUAAUAUGGGGCAUAUCAUUGAUGAGUCGGAGCUCCCUUUGAAUACUGCGAGAAAGAAUGUGUCUCUGCCGCCUAUCCCUACAUAUACUGGCACAGAUUCACCACAAAUGGAAGAUGGAAAUUUGUGUACUACUCCACCGUCAACUCCAAUUCAAGAUGAAACUAAUCAAUCAGGCUGCGAAACGAGAGGCAUACAAAAAACUGUGUCGAAGCACACAAUGCAGUUGCUGGGAAAAGCUCCAGAACGUGUUAAUCAUCGCAAAGAAGCUCUAACAGAUGAUUCGUUUAUGACAGGGGACUAUCAAUAUGAAAAUGAACCAAUUGAUGUAACUGAAAUUGCCAAGGAGUUGACAGUUCAGUCAAUUAUGUUGCAGAAAGAUGCCACAAAUGUUAAAAUGAGCGGAAAUUCUGCUAUUGAUGAAUCAAAAAAAUAGAUCUGCAGGAAAUUCAAAGGACAAUUAAAAGUUUGAUUCAAUUCAAUGUUUUUAUUCAAUGUUGCAUCGUAUAUUUAUUAUUUAUUUAUAUUAUUACCAAUGUAUUCGUUUCUUAUUUGUCUACAGCAAUAAACCUAUAAUUUCGUCUUUUUA